CCUUAAUUAUAAACCCUAAAUCCCCUCUCACCUUCCAUAGUCGCGCACACUCUCUCUCUCUCUAGGGUCUCUUCCGCGGUCGCCGUUUGCAUUUUACGAUCUUCUUUAUCAAUAAAGAUGGAACCUGCUUCUAAUGAGAGUACGGAUGAAGACGAUCAUGAUGAGAAUGUGGCUGAAGAUGAUCAUGAUGGGGAUGUGAGCGGAGGUGACAACAACGACGAGGACGAUGACGAUGACGAGGACGAUGAUGACGAUGACGAUGACGAGGAUGAGGACGAUGAUGAUGAUGAGGAGGAUGAGGAUGAGAAAGGUCGCAAGAUGGUUAGUGUGUUUAGAGUGACAAUUGACAAGAUUGAACACUAUAGAACUGAAGUGAACAUGUUGGACGUGCUUUCUUUUGAGCAAUUGGCGAAAGUUGUCUGCCCCUUGCUCGGCAACCUUGCUGACUAUGCCCUGCCGGAUGCCCACGAUUUUAUAUUCACCGAUGGGUCGCGUAAUGUCCUAUCUGCUGAUGAGGCAACUAAGAUGCCGUGGGAGGAGUUGGUUGAGUAUACAUCAAGGAUCUACGUUUUUGAUGAGUUUGACGAUGAACUUCAAGUGGCUAGACUGACACCCGACAACAACGAACACCCGAUGAAAACUAUAAAUAUGGUGAAAUUUACGCAUAUUGCUGAGAUGGAGCAUGAUAUUCUGAAGAUGGUGAGAGAGCACCCAUUGACUUCCUAUAAACAACCAGAUGGUUACUUGUGCCUGUACAGCAAGACGGGCAUGACUGCUGGCUCCUUGACAAGGGGGAUGUUGAUUGAGAGGCCCUGGCAAUGGGUUGUUCAGAAUAUAAAGAAGGUGUUCGCAGUUGAUCAAUUAACCUCUUCUGGUUCUUGCUGAGGAUGAUUCAUGCAGCCUAGGAUGAUUAAUAGGUAGGAUUCAUUUGUCAAUAUCCUUACCCUUUUGGAGCAACUUCUCAGUCAGAAAGAUAGUCGUGCCCACACAAACAAACAAAAAAUGUCCAUUAGGGGUUGUCGGUGAUUCCAAUGAAAGGAAUGCCUGCCCAGUGAGUGGUAUACGUACUCUUUUGAAUUUGAUUACAUGUAAAUCUUUGGGCCUAGUUUUGGAAAGGCCAUUAGUGUGAAAAAGGAACUUUUUGAGCUCAAAGUAAUGAAAAAGAGGAUCUUGUGGUGGCUUGAAAAUUAAGUUGAA